CUAUCUUCGUCGCUAUCUGAAAGAUCAUCGUUGGACUCGCUUUUGCUACGAACCGACGAUGACGGACGAUCGGUGGAUAGUCCUGGAGGCUCUGAUCGAGAGGGUGACACUCGAGGCGCUGGUGGAGAGGGAGUCACUUUGAGGUCCGAACCGGAACUGAUCUUCAACGGCGGCUCCGAUUUGGCCAGCUUUCUUGGAAGUGUCUCUAGAUGAAUAUCGUGAAUGGGAGGAGGCGGUGACUGAGGGACAGCAGGACAUCGCUUCUCAUUCCCUUUCCUCUCAGAUUCCUUUUCGGCUGUAGGACACGGACAUGCCGUCUUCGAGUCCCAUUUCAUGAAACCGUUGGAUGCUGGUGGUGAACCGAAUAAGUUCAAUGUUCCCUGGGAUGCAAGCGAAGUGGCAAAAGAUUUUUGUGACGUGGAUGGAUCGAUAGAUAUGGUCUCCUGCCAGUCUCUCAGUCGGCCAGUUCGCCAGCCAUAGCUGUCCACGAUUGGUUGGAAACUUGAACGAACAGUUGGACCUCGUGAUGCCGGAUCAAUAUACAUAUAG